AUGUCGGCCACGAACGCGAAAGUUAUGAAAAUUAUCAAUGAGAAUGGCGUCGUAAUUUUUUCCAAAGCAUCCUGCCCCUAUUGCACUGCGUCCAAAAAGAAACUUAAAGCUUUGGGUGCCAAAUAUUUGGUCCUAGAAUUGGACAGAACCAAGGAUGGAGCUGCCAUACAAUCUGCUCUCCAAGAAAUCACGAAUCAGCGUACUGUGCCUAAUAUUUUUAUCAAGCAGAAGCACAUUGGCGGGAAUUCGGAUCUUCAGGGAAAGUCUACCAGCGAAUUGAAGAAAAUAUUAAAGGAGGCUGGAGCUCUUUAG